UCAAAACUGGCGAACUCAUAUGGCUGCUUCUACACCUAGAAAGUUUUUUAGUUUUAUUAGAUAUACACCGAGAACAAAGAAAUUUAUCUGUUUAUUGUGUGGAAAUAAAACUGAGGAUAGUAAUUUAAGAAGAAAGUUAUUUCAAGGAUCAUCUAAAACAUAAUAUUGUGUAUUAAUUGAAAGAUACUUGCACAUAGACAUAAAUCCAGAGACCCAUACAGAUACAGUGUGCCGCAAAUGUGCAAGAGAACUUAAUAAAGUGAAUGAAACUAUUUUAAAACUCAAGUCUAAUUAUGAGCGAACAAUAAGUAGCCUUUUAGAAUCUCAUGGACAGGAAACAUCAAAGAGGUUAGCAGCACUUGAGCCAGAAACAUCUGUGAAGAAACGAAAUUUGUUUCCAGGUGAAUAUCAAACUGUAUCUGAAGAUAUUGACCAAUAUUUUCAACCUUUCUCUGAAAAUGAUGACUACAAGGAAAACAAAGAUUCCUCUCAACACCAUGCAGCGAAGCUCGUCCAGUUAUUAGAAUGUGGAAAUAUAAAGGAAUUUUCAGAAAAAUUAAUCGAAAUUCCGAAUCUCCUUGAAUGUCUAAAACAUAAAAUUUACCAAAUACUUCAAUCUGAAAUAAGAAAUAUUGUUUCAAAGAGUUUCAAUUCUGUUCUUAGAAGAAAAGAUAAGGAGGCUGUACUAUCAUUUUCCUUAGAAAAAGUUUUGAAGGAAUGGCAGAAAGAAGCCCCAGUAUUCCUGGAAAUUCUGGAAACAAUAGUGUCAAAUCCAUCACAAACGAGAAACAAGUGUAAAAAAGAUGACGCUUUACUGCCAGGUAUUGUGUCAGUGGGAUCAAAGUUACUGAGCAUCCAUAAUCAAGAGCUUAGUCUCUUUCAACACAUUAAUAGCAUCAUAUUGCUGAAAGGAGGUUGUAAAAAGUCUGCUUUUCGAAGGUUAAAUUCUACUUUCGAUUGCUUGUCUUAUCCAGCAACUUUAGCUUUAGCAGAUCGCUAUGGAGCAGACUGGGAUCGAGAUAUUAGAAGUUGGCAAGUCGCUGUUGAACAAGAUAGAGAAACUGAAGAUCAAUUGAUGAAUAGUGUGCAUGUUUAUGAAGAAUUAGUAUCAGUGCACCAGGAUGCCGAUGGAGACCCUGAGUUCACACUUGCAUUAGCUAGUGCCAGACAAGAUCUACAGCAACAUCGAAAAAACAUGCACCCUGGAUACUAUUUUGUUGGUGACAAUGUAGAUCUGAGAACAAAAGUUAGGAGUAUGACAAUUACCAACCAAAACAAAGAUCAGCACAUGUUCCAGAUCUGUGCCUAUGAAAAUCGAGUUUCUGGAAACCAUCUCGAUAACAGUAGACCCAAGACAAAUAUUGACACAUACAAUUUCAAGCACCUGAUACCUAGUGAACAUGAGAAGAAAUGUCUUUUAUCUGAAACAACUUUCUUAGUGGCACAGCAAUGGUCAAAGUUCAUUUCUCAUUUUUUGCCGUACAUCAAUGUCCUGCCAAAAUACAUCAGUCACGAGUAUCUCAAAGAAAUGAAAUCUCGGACCAACAGGAUUAACCUUGGAGUACUUAUGAAAUGUGAGCAGUACAAUGAGGAUAUGACAGAUAUUUGUGAAUUUCUUCACACUUUCAUUCCUGGACAUGAAACAAAUGAUGACUGGCAAAAGAAACCUGACAAAGUAUUGAGUGGGGGUGACUAUCUCACAUUUGAGCGCCAUAAGCAAGCCCAAUCAUCGAAACGAAAUGGUCGCACCCCCUCUAAGCGUUUGCAGGGCUUAAUUCCGAAAAUGGAAGAGUUUCAUAACCAAGCUGAAUUGCUAAAGGUAACAUGUUCUCAACUAUACAACACCAGCUCUGCCCGCAACCAGGGAACUUUGUAUGCAGCAAGAAAUACUUUGAACUCUAGGAAUGUCACUCAACAAUCGUCUCAGGAUUUUUAUGCUUGUUCUGACCUGGUAGAAAAAGUUACAACAGCCUACAUAGUGACUGGAGGUCUUCAAUACUUUGGAAUGGAUUCCCUGAACUCAGUCCCAACAAAAAAUAUAUAUAACGGGGCAAUUGGUGACAAGAAAGAGAUGUAUGAAUAUAUUUUAGUCCAUGCAUCUGAAUUUGCAAAGCGGUUCUGUGUUCCUGAUACACCACUUUUGCCAGAGUAUGGUCCCCAAUCAAAUUCUUUGAUAUGUCGUUACUGCAACAAGGAAUACAAGCGACCCAAAUCACUACGAAAGCACGAGGCCAAGGUUCAUGGUCACCCAGAUCCUUUGUAUGGAGAUACCGGUAUUACAGAAAUUACGACACAGACCUCAGAGGAUGGGGUAUUCAACUAUACACGGUUAAUGUUGAAUUUGGGACUACUGAGAAUGAACCACAAUGAUGCCAUUCGUAUGGGAGAUGGUGAGCAUAUCAUGCGAAUAAAUCAGUUUCUUGUUCUGUUUUACAAAGCUUGCAACUGUCCGAAGUAUGCUUAUGGGCUUUUAGAGACAAUAGCUCAGACAAAGGUGCUUUUGACUGAAAGAAUGGCUCAUAGAUUAAUAUGGAAUCGAACUGUCAAUCACAGAGGGGAAUGGGAUUCAAAUCAUCCCAAUGAUUUGGACAUAGAACACUGCAACAAAGUUUUCAAGGACGAAGCACAUAGUUUCAGAGGUACUUUUACAGAGAAAACAGUGUCCAGAGUAAGCCGAAGUGCACUUUCAUUACAAUCUGUUGUACAGUGCUUUGAUACAAACUGUCAUGUGAAAAAAGCAACAUCUAAACACACAGCAGCAGAUUUCACUGAGGAUAUUUUGAAAUUAGUUGAACAGUAUCAAAAACUUGACCUUUUUUCAAUAAUACCUGGAAGACAACAUGAUCCUUCAUUUCAAAAGUCAAAAAUUCCCCUUUUCCAACUAGAUAUGGAUGGUGUGCGCAACUGGAUAUCAGCUUCGCUUUCAGAUUAUAAAAGGAAACAUUUUUAUGGAUAAAACUUUUUAA